AUGGGUCGCCAGUGUGACUAUGCACGGGAUACUGCGCAUCCAGACAGAAGGAUGCGACUCGCCGGACCAAACCAAUCUGUUGCCUCGACCUGGCUCGCCAGUCGCUUCAUGAUCGACGCCCCAGGCCCAGGGCCCGGAGGACUUGGAUUGCCCUCUGCACAUUGCACCCUGCGAGUGGGGGAGCGGGCGGCAAGACCGCUAUCAGCGUCCAGCAAUCACGACGACAAUAGUUACGUGACUGAAUUCGUCUCAGAUAAGGUAGGAACACGGUUCCUUGGGUCGCGGUGGGAUCUCGGUCAGACCAAGCGGAUCGCGGAAGCACUGAGCAUCCCGAAAAGAACAAUGCUCAGCUAUUCUCAGCACGGUAUCAGCCCCCAAGGUCCUGACGUGAGCGCUGAGCCCGGGCGAGGCGCGGUGCAGUGUGCAGAACGUGCAGAUGGGAUGGAACCACGGGUCGCAAAGGCUGACCUCGGGACUAAAAAGUGGCUCAAACAGUUGCUGCAUCAGAAGAUCGGCUGGACGCUGAUAGAAAGCACCGAGACGGGCUCCUGCAGUGACACAGCCAUGAUAGGGCCAUCUGACUGGCAGUGCCGCAGUACGGCUUACGACGGUGGCCCCAAAAGCAAGCGACAGGGUGCCAUCGCCGUCACCGUAUCUCUACCUACUUGGUAG